AGAAGCAUUCUACAAAACGAGGCGCAGAUAGCCCUGCUAAAGAAAGUCCUCAACAAACCUCUUUGCGUAGCACACCAGAAAACAAUUCAGCGACUCCGAAGAUUGACUAAAGACCUGACGUACGUUAGAAUGUCUGUAGAUCGCGAUGUCGCCAUGGCGAGAAUUAUCGACGGUCAUUACGACAAUCUACGAAAGCUACUUCGAGAAAUCGAGUUUAUUACGAGUACCAACGUGGACGAAGACGGACGAAAACGAUUCAGCGACGACGAAGCAAAAGAAUCGCAAGUUGUGUGCCCUGAGGUUUAUAAAGGAUCUAUUCAUGGCUAUCCGUUUUAUACAAAGGGUUUUGAAACUGAAGACUGCUCAGCCAAACGGGACACAAAAGAGCUUGUGACAUUAAUAUUUGAUGAAGUUGUUGUAACGACAGCAACUGGUGUUGAAAAUAAUGUAUUUAUUCAAACAAGUCGCGUGGACCAGUUGUUAACUUUCAUAGAAAGCGUAUACCGCUUAUUUCCUGGGAUAAGGGUGAAUAUCUUGCUAGGAAAAAACUGGAAUCAGCGAGAGCUGCAAGCGAUUAAGGAUAAGACAAGCCAAAACAACUUGCCCAAUAAAGUUUCCAUUUAUUCUCUCAAAAACAACGGGUUUAACAAGGGAGAAUUACUUCAAAGUAUAAUAAAUGGAAUAAAAACAGAAUAUACCUUGAUUGCGCCGCGUUUGACAAAUUUCACAAACGAUAUCAACCUCGAAAGGCUCAUAAGAAUUCUCUCGACUCGUAAAAAUACCUUAUUCGCAGGUGGCAGUUAUAGGAAUUUAACAGGUCACUGGUCACAUGGUUGUCUUCAAACGCAACUUAAAAAUUACACUCUAUCUUAUAAAUCAGGUUAUUAUCACUCUUUCUACGAAUGCUUGGUUUGUGACUACAUCUCAGGCCCAUUUCUUGCGAAAACGUCCCUACUACGAGACAUGGGUUUUCGUUUGAGUGGAGAACUUGGUAUUUUCAGAGACUUAUUUUUGAGGGUAAAAGAUCGAUACUCUAGCUCACAUCCGGGACUGGAUCAUGGCGGCACUGCGGUAGUAACAUGCCCGGAUGUGAUGUUCCAUACACAGUAUUCUCCAGCACGUGACGAGGAACUUGCAAACUUUGCAAAUGAGCACAACAUUAAAAAGAUCGUUGAGGCAGACGGGACAAUUCGAUGGUUUGGCUGCAGAAGAGGGCUAAAAUAUCGAAAUGGAGAGAAAUGCCCUCUGAAGUCGGGACUGGCCGUUCCGCCGUGUUGCUUGGAGAACAUAGCCGAUGCGAUUAAAUUUGUGAUGGAGCAAUGCGGUAGGAAUAACAUAACUUGUGAGCUACAAGAAGGGACGCUAUUAGGCGCUGUUAAACUGAACAAGGUGCUGCCUUGGGAGAGGGAUGCUGACAUCACAUUUCUAACUGCGGACUUUCCAAAGCUGGUCAAGAUAAAAGACGUAUUCACCAGACAAGGAUAUGUAAUUCAUGAUAUUCAACAGCCAUGGUGUUGUGUAGAAGGUCGUAAAGCCGGUGGAAAAAUCGAACUACUCGCCGACGGAUGGUCCAUCCAGAUGUACGGCCAACACAGGAUGAACUCCAGAGGAGCCCUUGCUUAUGAGCACUCUCCCACGAAGGUCUUUUUCAGCGGAAGCUGGCUCAACGUGCCUUUCAAUCCGGGGCUUUAUGUAAGGAAUCGCUACGGAAGAGAGGUUUAUCAACACGCUGAACACUGGCUAUCAACCGGAAAGCUGUCUGGAUGGGACGCAUACGAGGCAGGGAUGUUUAGUUCAUGUCCCGUCAAGGGAUUUCACGGGUGUCUUGAUCAAUAUCAGCCCGAUGGCUCUAUACAGUUCGAGAACAACUUUUAAACUUUUCUACAUAAAAU